GUUAUCAAAUUAGCUUGACUAGCUAAAUCCCAAUAGAAAAAAAUCUUAUUUUGAAUAAGACAAAUGUAUAAUUUAUGUCUUAGACUUGUUCGUAAGGUUAUCUCUUCUCGAUAUUUACGUCAAACCUCAUUAAUUGAACCGAAGCUUGCUUUACAAAAGGUUGUUGCUUUCAGUAUCAAAGUGAAUGGACUGUUAGCCACAGUGGAGCUAAAGCAGCUAACGCCAGAGACUAAUCAAUGUUUCAGACGUUGAAGCUUUCAGAAGUGUGUUUUAGUGUUACGAGAUCACACUUGGAGUCUGUGAGACUGCGGGGAAGAUGACGGCGACUGUGGACAUGUCUUGUUUAGCCGUGGAAUCAAAGAUUGAGAUCAUUAAUGGACAGAAGUUCUGACCCAGUAUCACACUUUACAUGUUCUCUUAAGAUUUAUUAUUAUUUUUUUGUAGGGAAAGAUGUUACUUAAGCAUGUGAAGGUUAUGAACCAGGAGAAGCUCAAGUGGAGCCAGAAUCUUUGAAAUCAUGGAGGCUGACAACCCUGGAGGGCUCAGUUUGGUGUCCCCCUUACUUGCAACAUCCUCAUCAGAACUGGAGGAUAAACAAGACAAUCAAGAUCUCAUGUUCCCUGACCUUCACAUUGUGGUUGUUAAAGAAGAACGUCGCGAUCUAUGGAGCUCCAACUCAGACCAGCAGGACCCAGAGCCCUUUGAUGUAAAGGAGGAGGAGGAGGAACACUGUAUCAGCCUGAAGGAAGAUCGGCCUGUUGUGAAGAUUGAAGAAGAAGAGAAACCUCAGUUAUCAAAACUUUGUGACAUCAAAACAGAAUAUGAGAGAGAGACAGAAGCUCCAACAAGCAGCUCAGCAGUGGAGAAAGAAAUAGAAACUAACAGAGAUGACUGUGGGGGGGCAGAACCAGGUAGCAACCCUGAUCCAGAGUUUUCUUCCCAACAAAGUAAGAUGACUAUUUUCAAGAGAGGUAAAGGAUCUAAAAUGAGUUUUAAGCGAAAUACUCAGAUUGGAGAAAGGCCAUUUGGUUGCAGUGUCUGUGGCAAAAGAUUCAAAUGUAAGAUUCAUGUCGAGUUUCACAUGAAGACUCACACUGCAAAGAGAGAUCAUAACUGUGACUUUUGUGGUAAAGGAUUUCAAGACGACCAUUCUCUGCAGACUCAUGUGAGAGUCCACACUGGAGAGAAACCUUUUGCCUGUAAUGAUUGUGGCAAAAGGUUUCAUGCAAAGAAUAUUCUUAACAGUCACAUGAAAGUCCAUUCGGACGAAACUUUUCCUUGUGAUGUUUGUUGCACAGUAUUUAAAAGAAAGGAAAGUCUGAAAAAGCACAUGUGGACCCACACUUCACAGAGACCGUUUGUUUGCAGUGUUUGUAGUAAAGGGUUUUUGAAACAAGAUCAUCUAAAGGGUCAUAUGCGUAUUCACACAGGGGAGAAAUCAUUCAUCUGUAGUUUCUGCAGUAAAGGAUUUUCACUGCAACACAAUCUAAAAAGACACAUGCUUGUUCACACAGGAGAGAAACCUUUGGUUUGUAGCGUUUGCAGUAAAGGAUUUUCGCAACAUUUAGAUCUGAAGAGACACAUGCGUGUUCACACAGGAGAGAAACCCUUUAGCUGUUCUGUCUGUGGUAAAGAAUUUUCAAAUCCUGGAGGUCUGAAGAAACAUAUGAAUUUUCACACUGCACCGUUUAGCUGUAGCGACUGUAGUAAACAUUUUGUUGACAAACUGCAGUUGGAGCGACACGCGAGAGUUCACAUAGAGGAGAGACCAUUCGCUUGUAAUAUGUGUAAAAGUCGAUUUAAUCAUAAAUGUCACCUUAAAAAGCACAUGAGAGUCCAUUCAGGAGAGAAACCGUUUAUUUGUGAUGUUUGUAGCAAAGGGUUUACAUUACAAGAGAAUCUAAAGAGGCAUAUGCGUAUUCACACAAGGGAAAAACCGUUUGUGUGCAACGUCUGCAAUAAAGCUUUUUCACAGCACGGAAAUCUAAAGAGACACAUGGGUGUUCAUGAGGCCUGCAACUCAUGAUCAUUUUUGAUUGUUUUCUUUUCUAUCAUUACUUUUCCAGCAGUCUUCUUGGAAGCUACUGUCCUACAUUUGUUUAGAUGCUCACCUGCCCAAACUCACCUGAACCUGAAUGAUGUGCUGAAUUUUCUGUUUUGGGUAUUGAGGAGAAUGGAUAUAACAAAAGGUUGUAGGACUGCAGCUCUUUGGGACUGGAAUAGUUGACCUCCAGUCUACAGAUUGGUAUAAAAUGUUUUCCCUAAAAAUAAUAUUUAAAAUAAUUUUCAAAAAAUUGUAUGGUAUCUAAAAUGAAUGAUGAGUUACACAAAAUCAAAUCUUAAUACCAUUACUUGAUCAUUAAAAAGU